CUGCUGCUGAGCAAAUGGCCACGUUCUUCGGGGAAGUGCAGUCCGUGUUCUCCAGAGCUGUGGAUGAGGAGGAAGAGGAUGAAGACGACGACGAGGAGGUAGAAGAAGAAGACAGAGAGAUCAUUGCGGAGCUGGAGAGGAAGAGGGAGGUGCGUGUGACAUGGAACCCUGAGCUCACAGCAGCCAUUGAAAGCUCUCCUGGCAAAAGGCUCCCCUGCUCCAGUGUCAUCUUGUCUGUCGGUGACAAUGCAACAGGGUUUGUAUCUUCCUAUAUACUGAGCUCUGGCAGUUGGGAAGUGGCUGGAUCUGUCACACUGUGGAACGAGAGAUGCAGAGACUGCAACGUCAGAAAAGAUUUUCUCCCUGCUCCCUCUUCUUGUACCUUUUACAGGUCCAUUACAGACCCCACGGUCCUGCUGUGCCAGUGCAACUGUCAUGUGGCAGAAGACCAGCUGUUCCAGUGGUGCGAGAAGGUAUUUGGCUCACUGGAAAAGAGCAGCCUAAAAGUAACGGUCCUUUCUACCUGCCCGGUUUCUGAAUAUAAAACCCCAGAGUCCACGUACAGUCUCCCUGUUCCCUUCUUGAAAGCACUGAGGACUAGCGAGUACAGAGAGGAGGUGCCGUGCCCCCUGCUGGAACAGCCCAAUAUAGUGGAUGGGCUUCCUGCUGCAGUGCUGUCCCAUUGUCAGGUAUUGGGAAUCCCCGCUGUCUUCUACCGGUGCUACACGGAUAUCUCCAAACUGGAUUCUGUCACUAUUAAGGCUUUCCGACCCCUCCUAUCCAGUGGAAGCCUGAGCCGAUUGGCUGCGGACUCUGCAAAUAUCCAAGAAACUCUGAGAAAGACGGUGAAAUUGAACGAGAUUCAGAGUAACCUUUACAUCUAGCCCUGUCCAUCGCUCCCUUUGUAUCGGGCUCAAACUAUGUUUUUUGCUAUUGUAUUAAUGAGAAGUGUAAAAAAUACUUUAUCUGUUUGUAA